AUGACCUGCAACGCCACUGAACCUUGUUUUCCGCUGGAGCUUGAAAGGGAGAUAUUCGAGACGGCGGCCAUUUUCUACCCGGAAAUGAUUCCCUCCCUGUUAUGCGUGGCUCGUAGGGCCCACUACUGGAUAGAGCCCUUACUGUAUCGUGAAAUUCACCUUACCGACAGUGGCCGCGGUAACGCUGCUUGGACCUCGUUACUCUCCAAAUCAGAAGAAUUUGCAGCCAGAAGUGUCCGCCACCUGGUCCUCGACCACAGCCUGGAUGUUACUUCCCAGGAAACAAUCCAAGGGCUGCAAAAAUGCACAAUGGUCACACACCUUGCGCUAUUCCCCAGUCUGCCCCCAAUCCACGACCUCCUCCCCAUCUUCUCCGCUAUGCCGCUCCAUCGCUUAGCCGGACAUCUUCAUGAUUUAUUUGACCUUAAUUCCGACACUAUAUCUCUCCAGCUCCGCCCAUUUCAGUCCCUCACACAUCUCGACAUAUUCGACGACCUCGAUAGUAUCAAACUCUCCAUCCUUGACGCAAUUCUCGCGCUUCCUUCCCUACGACACCUUUCCGUCCAAUGCUCUCACGACCUGCAAUCGACAAUGGAGUCUGCGGAAUACAUCCUCGCAAGGUCCAACCUUGACGCGCUUGUCUUUCUUGCGGCUGAGAAUAACUGUUCCAACAAAAGUGAAGAUGAAACAGACGAUAAAGUAGCGCAUACCGUUGGGGAUAUGCAAAAGCACAUUGAUGACCCUGCGUUUGUGAUGUGCACGUAUGCGGAUUGGGACGAGGGCGCUUCGGAAGGCCCGAGCUUUUGGACGGUAGUGGACGAGUUUGUCGAAAGCAAGCAGAAGAGAAGACAGCUGAAAGAUGUCCAGGGGAGGGUGCGUGUGAGGAGGAAUAAGUCAUUUUGGUUUCCAAAUGAAUGA